AUGUGGGCUUAUGGUUGGCUUAUCUUCAUUGCUGUCAUCAGUAUCAUUACUUGUCCACUCACAGCUGUUAUGAAUGCAUUGGUCAUAAUCGCUGUUAAGACUAAACACCGAUUGAAAACCAAGUCAAACAUUGCACUCGCCUGCUUGUCGACUACUGAUUUGACAAUGGGGGUAAUAGGUCAACCAGCUUUUAUCGCUUGGGUGAUCGCACAACUGCAAGGAAACACCUCCAGUACGUAUUGUAUGAAGACAGUGUUAUCAAGACUCGCCUUGAGGGUACUAGGUAGUUUAACACUUUCUCACUUAGCUAUGGUCCACGUAGAGAGGUACAUCGCCAUCAAACAUUCCCUGCAGUACGAAACGAUCGUCACUGAGGAUCGCCUUGUAUGUUUUUCCGCACUUUUUUGGAUUAUACUGUUACCAUUAAUAGUACCUUUCUCUUUUCUUGGUGAUAAAAUAAUUUCCAUUAUAGUUGAUGUUAUUAUCAUAUCUUUAUUCAUAGCUACAGUUUUCGUCUGUCAAGUCGUACUUUACUACGAAACGAGUCGGCAUAAAAAACAAAUAGCUACUCAGCAAGUCUCUUCGGAAGCCAGAGAAAAAUUCUUGAGGGAGAAUAAAGCCUUAAAACUGACAGCAACGGUACUUUUCUGUUUAAUAUUGUGCUAUUUACCUUUAGUAGAAGUAGUGGUAACGUUACCAUCAAAUUUUUUCAGAAAUUCAGUUAAUUUAGGAUACACUGCUCUCUCUACCGGCCUCACGGCGGCUGUUUUUAACUCUGUGGCCAAUCCAUUUAUUUAUUGUGUAAGUAUCAGACAGUUUCGCGUUGCGUUUAUCCAGCUUGUCUUUAGAAAAAGCAACGCGGACGCUGAAAACAUGGAAAAACGAGCUUUUGGA